AUGUCUUUCUCUACACUCAUUUUCGGCCUCUUGGCCCUUGCCAACUUCAGCAUAGCGGGCUAUGUUCUUCAAGACAACUACACUCCCAACAACUUCUUUAGCAUGUUCGACUUCUUCACUGCACCCGAUCCCACUCACGGCUUCGUCAAAUAUGUCGACCAAGCCACUGCUCAGCGUAGCGGCUUGAUCAAGACCGCCGCCGGCUCCGUGUACAUGGGCGUCGACUCUACCAAUGUCACCCCAGGCGGUCGCCCAAGUGUCCGCAUCACCAGCAAGAAAUUCUACAACACUGGUCUGAUCGUCCUGGAUCUCGCCCAUAUGCCUGCCAGCAUCUGCGGUACGUGGCCAGCGUUCUGGACGGUGGGUCCGAACUGGCCCAACAGCGGCGAGAUCGAUAUCAUCGAAGGCGUCAACGAGCAGCAAUCGAACUCCAUGGCGCUGCACACCGGCCCGGGCUGUGGUAUCUCCAACAACGGCGCUUUUACUGGAUCUAUCGUCUAUCCAAGCUGCGAUGUCAGGGCUAGCAACCAGCCUGCAAAUUCCGGAUGCUCUAUCCACUCCAGCAACACCCAGACCUACGGCAAUGGCUUCAACGCGGUUGGCGGCGGCGUCUACAUCACCGAGUGGACCAACAAGUACAUCAGCAUCUUCCACUUCCCUCGCAACCGCAUUCCUGCGGACAUCACCCAGGGCCGUCCGAAUCCUGCCGGCUGGGGCAAGCCACUCGCUCAGUUCCAGGGCGGCUGCAACUUCGAGGCCAGCUUCAAGAACCAACAGAUCGUCUUCGACACCACCUUCUGCGGUGACUGGGCCGGUAACGUCUGGGCUGGCAGCUCGUGCGCCUCAAAGGCUCCCACUUGCAACGCCUUCGUCCAGAACAACCCUUCUGCAUUCAGAGAUUCCUUCUGGACCGUGAACUCCCUUAAGGUCUACUCCAACACUGGUGUCUUUGAGGCCCCGGACAACACUACUGUCCCCGAGGAAUCGUCUGCAGUCUCCACUUACCCUGCUGUCUCGACGACCUUCGCUACUCAGACCUCAGCACCCGCCGAGAAGACUACCACUGCCGAAAAGAGUUCUACCUUCGAGACAAGCCUUCCUGCUGAGUCAACCUCUGCUGCUGAGCCAACCUCCUCCGCCGAGUCCAGCGCUCCUGCCAAGACUAGCGUCCCGGCCGAGCCUACCGCUGUCGCUCCCUCUGUAACCAGCGCUCCCGCUUCCACUGCCGAGCCUACGUCCCCAAACCCGACGGCCACCACCAGCGCGCCCUGGGGCUACUACCCAGGUCGCCGCAACCGGAGGCCGAAUAGGAGACACUUGAUGGAGCACAAACGCGCGCAUGGCGCCGGUGUUCUAGCCUAG